ACCUGUUGUUCUCCCUCCAGGUCGCCCCCCCCCGGUGUGAACCAUGGCCCCCAAACUGAGCGUGCUGCUGCUGCUACUGGCCGUUGCCACGGUAACGGUCCUGGCCCAGAGGCGGCGCCCCACCUCUACGGCCACCGAUGAGUGGAACUACAGGGAUGGCUCUGAGAGGGUGAACAUGCGCGGCGUCGCCAACCUCACUCAGAUUCUGGACAACUGGAGGUUCGACAUCCUGACCCAGAUGAAAGGACUCCUGCAAAACGACCACCAGUCUCUCCUGCCCGACUACGCCAGGAUCCAGCCGCUGUCUGAGGCUUUAGACGACCUCUACAAGGAGUUCAACGCCCUCAAGGCUCACCUGGGCGACCUGACCGAGAAGUUCGCCGCCAUAGAAACCUUCAUCGACGAGGUCAAGGCCGGCCAAGCCAACGCCGGCCCAGCCACGGCUCCGGCUGCGGCUCCGGCCUCCGUCCCCAGACAGACCGGGAGGAGGGUGAUGAGGAAGAAGGCCAGCACUUCCUCCUAACCAGCCAAUGUUGUGCUUCUUCUGUUCUGAUGUUUGCUUCUUAUCUGACAGUGCUGGCACUCCUUUAAUGUCCUUAUUAUCAUCUUAUAUACUCUCAAUUAAAGAAUUUAAAGAUACAACACAGUAUAAGAUUAAACAUAUAAUCUUCUCCUGCCUUCCCUGUGUCUCUAUACUGUCUUGUCAAUAAAGCAAAGUCUGAAAUCACUCACUUCAAUUAACUCCCAUAAAACAGACACUGAACAGUGGUUGAGCGUCUAUUUAAUGGGCUGCAUUACAUUGUGGGAUUGUUAGCAGAAAGUAGUCCACAUUAUGGACACUUAUAUGCAAAAAUACGGUACUAUCCAAGGAAGAUUACAGAUAAAAGAAGACAGACUGCAUGUUUGAUAGAUUCUUUUUUAUAAUAUAUAAUACGAUGAUACAGAUCUGGAUACAAAUCCAUAAACUUGUAUUGAAUCUUUCUGUAUACAGGUCCUUUUUGUCUAGUGUAUGUUUUUGGCUCCAUUGUAGAUUUAUUUAGGGUCUAUAUAGUCCAUGGAUUCCAUACUGAGUGAUUUUGGACACAGCAAACAUCUUAUCCCGCCAAAACCCGUCAAACAUUUUCAGGGUUUUGACAGAUUUUCUCCUGUUUGUUCUGAAUGCUCUUUGGACAAACGUGCUUGUGGGUUUGGGUUUACUGCUGCAUUAUAUGAGCUCCAAAUAAACUCACUUAUUGCAUUCAUAUUCAU